AUGUCGGCCACUCAGCUUUCGUUCUCCCUCCGCGUCUCCUCCGGAGUCAAGACCGUCCACCUUCUCGGCUCCUGGGACGGAUACUCUUCUCAGCUUCCUCUCGCCAAGGACAAGACUUCGUCGAAGUCGGGCUCCUGGAAGGGCACCUUCCGCUUCCAGAACUCGACCCUCGAGCCUGGCCAGCGCUACUGGUACUACUACAUCAUCGACGGCUACCACGUCGCCCACAACCCCAGCGUCAGCUCCACCGUCGAGCCCACCACUGGCCGUGAGCUCAACAUCCUCGACGUCCCCUCAGAGUCUUCUUCCAAGUCGUCGUCGUCAUCCAAGUCCUCCUCCAAGUCGUCCUCGUCUUCCAAGUCGAGCAGCAAGAGCUCCUCGCGCCACUCCUCCAAGGACAGCUCCAAGUCCUCGUCGUCCAAGUCGUCUUCCCGCUCGUCGCGCAGCGGUAGGGAGUCCCUGUCCCUCGACAUCCCCAAGGGCCGCCCCCUGUCCAUCUCUCAGAUCCAGGCUCCUAAGCCCAUGUCCCCCCACGCGACCCAAUACAUCCUCAACUCUGACAUGUGUGACGACGAUGAGAUUGCCGAGAUGACUUCCCGCUUCAACCGCGCCGGCAUCGACGACGAGGAUGGCAUCGACACCGACUUCAGCACCUCGCCUGUGUCCUCGUCCGGCUCGUCACUGUCUUCGCGCAUCUCCAGCUCGUCGCCCAACUCGUCCAUGUCCGGCUACAGCACCCCCAACUCGGAGUGCAGCUCGUGCACCUGCGAGCGCUACGGCAUCACCCGCAAGGGCGAGCGCGUCAAGCUCGACUGCGGCGGCUCCCGCUGCGCCUACAGCGACGACAGCUCAGACUGCUCCAGCAUCAUCAGCGAGUCUGAGGACGAGGAACCCGUCGAGGCCCGCGGCGGCAGCCGCAGGAACGGUAUCAUUGUCUCCUAA